UCCUCUCCAUCUGUCUUUUGUGCCUCCUGGGCCUCCACUUCCGCCUCUUGGGGCGUCUCUCUUUGCACCUUCCUGUACUGGCAUUCUGGCCCCCUUUUCGUCUGUGUUUAUCUGUGGCCACUGGCUCCCAUCUCCUUCUCUCCCUGUUACAUCCCUGUGUCCCUCCAUCUCUGUGUUCAUCGUCUCUGUGCCGGGUCCUGCCACUCUGUCUCACCCCCUCCUCCUCUCCGCACCCCUCCCUGCCCGUCCAAGCAGCAGCGACCCAUCCAGCCCUCCUUCACCAAAUCUCUCUGCCGUGAGUCCCACUGGAAGUGCCUCCUGCUCUCGCUGCUCAUGUACGGCUGCCUGGGGGCGGUGGCCUGGUGCCACGUCACCACGGUGACCCGCCUCACCUUCAGCAGCGCCUACCAGGGCAACAGCCUCAUGUACCACGACAGCCCCUGCUCCAACGGCUACGUCUACAUCCCCCUGGCCUUCCUGCUCAUGUUGUACGCGGUCUACCUGGUGGAGUGCUGGCACUGCCAGGCCCGCCACGAGCUGCAGCACCGCGUGGACGUGAGCAGCGUGCGGGAGCGGGUGGGCCGCAUGCAGCAGGCCACCCCCUGCAUCUGGUGGAAGGCCAUCAGCUACCACUACGUGCGCCGGACCCGCCAGGUCACCCGAUACCGCAACGGAGAUGCUUACACGACCACCCAGGUCUACCACGAGCGUGUCAACACACACGUGGCGGAGGCCGAGUUUGACUACGCACGCUGUGGCGUCCGGGACGUGUCCAAGGCGCUGGUGGGGCUGGAGGGUGCGCCGGCCACGCGGCUGCGCUUCACCAAGUGUUUCAGCUUCGCCAGCGUGGAGGCGGAGAACGCGUACCUGUGCCAGCGCGCACGCUUCUUCGCCGAGAACGAGGGCUUGGAUGACUACAUGGAGGCUCGAGAGGGCAUGCAUCUCAAGAACGUGGACUUCCGCGAGUUCAUGGUGGCCUUCCCCGACCCGGCCCGGCCACCCUGGUACGCCUGCUCGUCGGCCUUCUGGGCCGCGGCGCUGCUCACGCUGUCGUGGCCGCUGCGCGUGCUGGCCGAGUACCGCACGGCGUACGCGCACUACCACGUGGAGAAGCUCUUCGGCCUGGAGGGGCCGGGCUCGGCCAGCAGCGCAGGCGGCGGCCUGAGUCCCAGCGACGAGCUGCUGCCCCCGCUCACUCAUCGCCUGCCGCGGGUCAACACGGUGGACAGCACCGAGCUCGAGUGGCACAUCCGUUCCAACCAGCAGCUGGUACCCAGCUACUCGGAAGCGGUGCUCAUGGACCUGGCUGGGCUGGGCGGGCGCUGCGGCGGGGCAGGGGGCGGUGGCUACGCGCCCACGUGUCGCUACGGCGGGGUGGGUGGCCCGGGCGCGGCGGGCGUGGCCCCGUACCGGCGAAGCUGCGAGCACUGUCAGCGAGCGGUCAGCAGCUCGUCCAUCUUCUCGCGCAGUGCGCUGAGCAUCUGCGCCAGCCCGCGGGCCGGCCAGGGGCCCGGAGCCAGUGCGGGAUGCGGGGGCAGCCGCUUCUCGCUCGGUCGCCUCUACGGCUCCCGGCGCAGCUGCCUGUGGCGCAGCCGGAGCGGGAGUGUCAACGAGGCGAGUUGCCCCACGGAGCAGACGCGUCUGUCGAGCCAGGCCAGCAUGCGGGACGACGAGGACGAGGACGACGAGGAGGAGGCCGGGCCGCCGCCGCCCUAUCAUGACGCCCUCUACUUCCCUGUCCUCAUCGUCCAUCGUCAGGAGGGGUGUCUGGGCCACAGUCACCGGCCACUGCACCGCCAUGGCUCCUGCGUGGAGACCUCACUGUGACCUCCUGCCUUUGGAGGGGGCCUGCGCCGUUCUCCCUCCUGCCCCUUGACAUAUUGUGCUCCCUGUGUGUAGCAGGGGAAGGCAGGAUGGUGACUGAGGCCAGGCAGGGUAUGCGUGAAGGCGGGAGGUGAGGGGCACGCCCAGAUGAGACCCCAGUGGGCCUGAGACUGCUCCCUGUACACAGACAGAGGGCGGGGGAGGUUGGCAGCUCUCCGAGAAUCCCACCCACCGGGGCAGAGGUGGCGCUCUGCUAGUCCCCACCGAGUUCCUACGGGGACACUUCCUUUUCCACGCACACUCGAGGUUUCCCGCCCAGGCUUUCAUCAAGUCUUGACUGUUACUAGGCAACUAUGAUGUGGGACCCGUUUUUGGCCUCCCCACCAAGGGAGCCACCAUGGCAAGCCGCAGGAAGGGCAUUUGGGGCUUUUUUUUUUUUGGCCGGGCCCCUGAGGAGGGGGCGGUGGUCUGGUGAAGAGCAGGGCUGGUUUCCAGCCAGCUGAGUUCACCGGGUCUGAGGGUGGGGCCGGCUGGCAGCCCGAUAUUCCUCUCCACACCUGGGAACGGUUCUGGCCUCUUGGCGCUGGCGGGGAGACCUUGGCGGUUCCUGCCUGCCACGCCCACCACGAUUGUUUAUUUCACUGGGCCCCAGAGGUCCGGUCCUGGAGGGACUUUUCAUCACACCAAUGACGUCACUCACCUCCGGGCUUACCGGCUCUGAAGAGCUGCUGUUGUCAGGGUGCAGGGGGCCAGAGGGGGCGCUGGGGAGGGCAUGCCCCGGCCCUUUCUGGAAAAGACCCAGCCUCCCAUCGAUCAGAAGCUUCCUCCCCUGGGUUCUGGGUAGGUGCUUCCCUUAGGGAGGCUAAGGUGCCAUCCUGGAGGCCCUCAUUAGAGUUGAGCAGGGUGGAUGACCAAGUGGACCAGAGCUUGAGACACACCUUGGUGUCAAGAGAACUCAGGAGGCAGGUAGGAGAAAGAGCAGAGUUGGUAAUGGUGGGCGGAGUGAAACCAGCUCUGAAGGGGUGGCGGCGCGGUGCAGCUUUUCCUCUGGGAGAGACGCUUAGGGGGUAGUACGCCCCUUACACAAGCCUGGGUGGAGCUGAGUCCAUCACAAGCCCUCCCUGGAGAGGUACUCAAAUCCAGGGGCAGGAGCGCCAUUCUUGCCAGACCCUCCACGUCCUCUUAUCCUGUGAGCUCAAGUUCUGUCUUCAGAGGGGCUUCACGCCGCAGCCCCAGGGCACCAGCCCCUGUCCUGUCCCUUCAAAGCUUUGACACCAACUUUGCUCUCCCGCUCCCUGUACCCCCUACCCCACCCCCCCCACCCCCCGUGCGUCAUUGUGCAUGUCUGUGUUUGGCCCCUUGCUCUCCCAGCUGCCCUGGCUGAAGUUUUCCCAGCACACUUAGCACCCAGGGAUCAGGCUCACAUCCAUCCAGUCUUGCUCCCUUGGCUUCUUGCUUUGCCUCCCCCAUCAGAGCUCCAUCUUCUCGGCCUCCCCUCUUCCUCCUGGCGGUGCCAGUCCCACACCAACCAAUGGGAGUGGCCCCAACCUAUGCAACAUCUCUUCUGGCUUCCUGUCCCUUCUUCCCAGGAGGGGGGGAUGUGGGAAGCCCAGAUCGUGGGGCCGGGAUAUGGCUCAGAUGGGGUUGUGCUUUCUAGCCAUACAGAGAUGGCUGGGUGGGAGAGGGGUGUCAGAGGGAGAGGUUUGCACCCACGGGAUCAGCAUAGCUGCCCACCAGGGUUCCUGAGCAGCCCACUGGCCUGUCAGCACUGAGCCCUCGAGGACCCUGAGUUUGAGUUUGUCCGAGGGGGCGGGUAGUUUGGCUGUCGGAGCCCCCAGCUUUCCCUGGAGCAGACAUCUGUUGAGGCACAGGUGGUGGUGGAGCUGUGGCCUCGGGCCCCCGUCCUUGGCCAGCUGGCACCUGGAUGUCUUGUUCUCAUUAGGGGCAGCCUGGCCACCUCACAGCUCCAAAGAGGGAAGGGCUUGGCUCCUUCUCCAUCAUGCUGGGUCCAGAGACGGAGCUUGGCCUUGGGAGAGGAGGAGGGGAAGCCUUGUUAUUAUUUCUGUCUGACCAUUUCUGCCUAGGUCUUUUCAUACAGACAGCCUCACCUCCCACACACGCACAGACUUAGAGAGAAAGCAAUUCUUUGGUCUCUUUUCUUGGUAGCUUUAUUGAUUGCCAGGGAAAAUGAAAACCAGAAAAUUAAUUAAUCUCUAAAAUUAAACUUUACACUGAAUGUUCUUGUUUCUCUAAUUAGAACUUCUGCUAGCAGCUGUGGCUACACACAGACACACACACACCCUCACACCUACAUGUUUGCACUCUGGAACUGUCAGAGGGUGUCAGGUACAGAUGUCUCUAGGUUGCCCGGACAGGCACACACAUAGUCACUCCCAGGCCUCCUCUGGUGCUCUGCUCAGCGCCUGCUUGUUGCAAAGAGUCCCUGGAGUGCAGGCCCUCCUGGACGGCAGCUGCGGUUCAGUCUCCCAUCUUUUGGAUAGGUGGGCUCUGGGCCACUCAGCUCAAGAAGAGUUGGGAGACAAGGGGCUGGGCCUGAAUUGGUCAGUCAGGUCCUCUCGUGGAUCCGUAGGCUGAUGGGAUUCCUAUGGGUGUAGCCCCAGGGUGGGCAGUCACAGAGUGACAGGGACUCAUGGAGGGUACCAGGAAGACUGUAUGUCCUGAGGAUAAGGGCUUGUGGGGUGGGCUGGGCCUGGCUCGGGAGAAGACAGAUCUCUGUCAAAUUGGGUGCAUCACACUGUGGCCUUUUUGUCAUGGAAUUCCAAGCGCAAAGAUUGUACAAAUCACACUGGUGGACAAUAAAAGUGUGGACGACUCACCGA